AUGUUGUUUCAGGCUUCCAUGAUGUUUGAAGACAUAGCUGUGUACCUCACUCAGGAGGAGUGGGGCCUUCUGGACUCUGCUCAGAGAAAUCUGUACAGGAAUGUGAUGAUGGAAAAUUAUGGAAACAUAGUCUCUCUAGGAUUUCUAGUGCCCAAACCUGAUGUGAUCUCCCGACUAGAGCAAGGAGAAGAGCCAUGGAUCCUGGACACGCAGGAAGUAGUGGGGACAAAGACCUUAAGAGUUGAUCCUUCAGAAAGUGCAGAUCUAAUUAACCAUCAGAAAAUCCAUAAAAGAAAGAAACCCUAUAAAGCUAAAGUAUGUGGGAAUGUGUUUAGACCAACUUCAAUUCUGAGUAAAUCUCAGAGCAUUCACGUAAGCCAGAAAUCAUAUGAAAACACUGAAUCAAAAAAAACCUCCAGUCAGAGCUCUAAUGGUAUUAAACAUCAGAGAAUUCAAACUGGUCAGAAAUGUUAUGAAUGUAAUGAAUGUGGGAAAACAUUCAAUGCACGGACAUCCUUUAUUCAACACCAGAGAAUUCACACAGGAGAGAAACCUUAUGAGUGUAAUGAAUGUGGAAAAGCCUUCAGUGCUCUCUCAUCCUAUAUUCAGCAUGGUAAAAUUCACACUGGAGAGAAAGCCUAUAAAUGUAGUGAUUGUAAUAAAGCCUUUAAUGCACUUUCAUCUUUUAUUCAACACCGUAAAAUUCACACUGGAGAGAAACCCUAUGAGUGUAAUGAAUGUGGAAAAUCCUUUAGCCAGAGUUCUAACCUUAUCAAACAUCAGAGAAUUCACACUGGAGAGAAACCAUAUAAAUGUAAUAAAUGUGGUAAAGCUUUCAGUGAUCGCUCAUCCUUUGUUCACCAUCAUAAAAUUCACAAUGGAGAAAAACCUUAUGAAUGUAAUGAAUGUGGGAAAGCUUUCAGCAAAAACAGAACCCUUAUUCAGCAUCAGAGAAUUCACACUGGAGAAAAACCCUAUGAGUGCAAUGACUGUGGGAAAACUUUUAGCAGGAGCUCUAGCCUUAUUCGACAUCAUAAAACACAUACUGGAGAGAAACCUUACAAAUGUAAUGAAUGUGGGAAAGCUUUCAGUGCUCAUUCUUACUUUCUUCAGCACAGCAAAAUUCAUACCGGGGAGAAAAUAUAUGAAUGUAAUGAAUGUGGGAAAGCUUUCAGUAUGCGUGCAUCUUUUUUUCAGCAUUGUAAAAUUCAUAGUGGAGAAAAACCCCAUCAGUGUAGUGAGUGUGGGAAAACUUUCAGCCAAAGUUGUAACCUUAUUGAUCAUCAGAGAAUUCACACUGGAGAGAAGCCCUUUGAAUGUAAUGAAUGUGGAAAAGCCUUCAGUCAACGAUCUGGCCUUAUUCGACACCAUAAGAUACACACAGGAGAGAAACAUUAUGAGUGUAAUGAAUGUGGGAAAUCCUUCAGUCAGAGCUUUAAUCUUAUUAAACAUCAGAGAAUUCAUACUGGAGAGAAACCUUAUGAGUGUAAUGACUGUGGCAAAGCCUUCAGUGACCGUUCAUCUUUUAUUCAACAUCAUAAAAUUCAUACUGGCGAGAAACCUUUUGAAUGCAAUGAAUGUGGUAAAGCCUUCCGUCAAAGCUCACAACUUAUUCAUCAUCAGAAAAUUCACACUGGAGAAAAACCGUAUGAAUGCAGUGAAUGUGGGAAAGCUUUUAUUUUAAGCUCCAACCUUAUUCAACACCAGAGAGUUCAUACUGGAGAGAAGCCCUAUGAGUGCAGUGAAUGUGGAAAAGCCUUCAGCCAACAUUCAAACCUUAUUCAACAUCAGAAAAUUCACAAUGGAGACAAACCCUAUCAAUGUAGUGAAUGUGGAAAAGCCUUUAUUCUGAGUUCUAACCUUAUUCAACACCAGAGAGUUCACACUGGAGAAAAGCCUUAUGAGUGUAAUGAAUGUGGGAAAGCUUUUAGUCAGCGAUCACAACUUAUUCAGCAUCAGAGAAUGCACACUGGAGAGAAACCAUAUGAAUGUAAUGAAUGUGGAAAAUCCUUCACUGUACGAUUAUCCCUUAUUCAACAUAAAAGAAUUCACACUGGAGAAAAACCUUAUGAAUGCAAUGAAUGUGGUAAAGCCUUCCGUCAGAGCUCUCACCUUAUUAAUCAUCAGAGAAUUCACACUGGAGAAACUCUAUGA